UUGGUAAACUUCAUACAUUAGAAAUCGCCCAACCCUAGAUAUAGAUUCAUUCCUAGCAAGAAAAUGUAUCGUAUAGAAUUCAUUCCAAGACAGUUGUUUUUUUUCUUUUUAUGAGCGAUUUCCGGUUUUUAUUAUUUUGUAAUGGUUCAUUCGGAAUAAAGAUGCGAAAGGGAAAAGUCACGCCAUUUUGGAUCUAUUUGUAAAAUUGUUCCGAAAAAGUAUUUUUUAUUCGUUUUACCCCGUCGGUUUGCGGUUCUCGGUCGGUUGACCGCUCCCGUGUUUUCUCGCGCGACAUUUUAUGGUCCUUCGGUACCGAAUAUGUGUGAAUCUGCGAGUAUGGACGUCCUGCUGAACAGGCGGCGCCUCGCCAUGGAACGGCUGAAACGCGAAAACGCGAGUGUGAAAUCCCUGAAGGAUCGGCAGGCUCCGGCGUUCGAGGUAGAGGAUAGGCUUCGUAAGCUGCAUGAGCUGGAGGAGAGAUUUGACCAGGUCCAACUGGAGAUCGAGGAAGCGACUAGUCCUGAUGACCUGCCAUCUGUCAUCAAUUUUCGUACGGAUUUCGAAACGUUGUUCUAUUCAACAAAAGGAUUAUUAACGAGUCUCUUGGGGAGCGACGCAGCUCACGUUGACGCUGCUUUUAGCUCCUGGCGAAGUUGCGGUAGUGCAAAUAGUGAUUCAACGUAUGCAGACCCUGGAAGUCAGUUGCAAGAUGCUGUUCGUGCUUUGCUCGAAACCCAGAAGACUCUACUGACGCGGCAAGUUGCAGCUUCAACAUCAUUCAACGAGUUAGCUGUUCAACUUCGGGAGAGACAAAUUGAGCCAAUUGACACAAAGUUGCCGUCCUACUCUCUUCCCAUUUUCAAAGGCGAUAGAAGGCACUGGGCGUCCUUCAAGGAUCUUUUCACGAGUUGUGUCGACCAGAAAAACUUGACGAAUGCUCUCAAGCUGCAGUUGCUGUUGGCCCAUUUGGAUGGAGAAGCCAAAAGCUUAGUUAGCACAUACUCCAUCACGGAUGCUAACUACACGGAAGUUUGGGACACUUUGACUGAGCAUUACGACAAGCCGAAAUUCGCUGUUUCGGCGCUUGUACAAGAAUUCUGCGAACAACCAGUGAUCAAGGUAUCCAAUCUACCUAAUUUGCGGAAGCUCGUAUCAACGUCAGACGAAGUUAUACGCCAGCUUAAAGCCAUGGGUCCGGAGUACGAAACCAGAGAUCCGUGGCUCAUCUACCAAAUCCUUCGGAAGCUUGAUGAUAGCCUGCGUUCCCAGUGGGCUCAGUUUGUGGUAGACAUCGAUAAUCCAACGUUUGCCGACAUGCUGAGGUUUCUGAAAAGAAAAUGCGAUGCGUUCGAAACGUGUGCUGCCUUUGGAGCUAGAUCGAGCGAGGUAAAGCGUGAGGUGCCGAAAGAUGACCGUAAGUUCAACCCUCUGAAGAAGGAGAUCAAAAGCUUGACAUCCGUGCAGGAGCAAGUCUGCCCGAUGUGUUCCGACAGUCAUGUCAUCUACCAGUGCAGUGAGUUUAAAGGCGCAUCAGUGCAAGAAAGGCGAGAGCUUGCCCAAUCCGCCAGAUUGUGUUUCAACUGUCUUCGAGCCAACCAUUGCGUCAAGUUCUGCCCAUCAAAGUCAGUAUGCCGUACCCCACAGUGUCAGCAAAAACAUCACACUCUGCUGUGUCAAUCCGCCUACGCCCAAACGAUGAAUACAAACGACCCUGCCGGAAAACAAGAGCUCGAGAAUGAACCCUCGGAUGAACACGCGAACAGCAACCAGGUUGUUUCGUGCUCAGCAAAUGUCAAAAUGAAUCUGUUUACAUUCGCUGCAAGUGUGCUGCCGACUGCAAUCAUUAACGUGAAAGGAAGAAACAACCAGUUCUACAAGGUGCGAGCAAUGAUUGAUUCCGGAUCACAGGCAUCGCUGAUAACAGAACGCUGCAUGACUCGCCUGGCGUUGCAUCGAAGGAACGCCAAACUUCUGGUUAGUGGUAUCUCCAAUUGCACAUCUGGGGAGACGAGAGGUGUAGUGACCCUUGAGAUAUCAUCACGUUUCAACAAUGUUCCAGUCGUUCAAACUCAAGCAUAUGUUUUGGCGAAACUGGCACGAAAUCUUCCAGAGCAGCAGAUCAACCUCAAUCAUAUGAAGUGCCUCGAAACACUCAAGUUGGCAGAUCCGGAUUUUGAUAAACCAGGAGAGAUAGAUGUUAUUCUCGGAGCGGACGUUUUUCUCUCGAUAUUGACGGUCGGCAAAGUGAAGGAUGAAAAUGGUUUCCCUGUGGCAAUAAAUUCAACUCUUGGCUGGAUCGUUGCUGGUCGAAUCGGCGCGACGGUCGGACUCCGUAGUCACCCGGCCAUUGUAAGUCUGCACACAGAACUAAACGUGGACCAUCUUCUGCGGCAGUUUUGGGAGUGUGAGAGAAUCAACCAACCACUUCCGUUGAAGCAAGAGGACCAAAAGGCUGUAGAGAUCUUUCAAACCACUCACAUGCGCGACGAGACUGGCCGCUUUGUUGUAAGACUACCCUUCGACGACUCCAAACAAGCUCUAGGGGAGUCCUUAGCAACAGCAACGCAGCGAUUGAAGGCGAUGGAGCGAAAGUUCAAGGCAGACUCGGACUUUGAGCAGCAGUACCGUCAAUUCAUCCGUGAGUAUUUAGAACUAGGGCAUAUGGAACCUGUGCCCAAGGAGGAAAUAGACAUUCCGGUUGAAAGGCGGUAUUAUUUACCACACCAUGCAGUGGUGAAAAGUGACAGUGUAACAACUAAAUUGCGAGUCGUCUUCGACGGGUCGUGUAAAUCUUCGUCAGGGAUAUCGCUUAAUGACAAAUUGCUGGUAGGCCCAAACGUCAACGAGGAUUUAACUGUGGUUCUAACGCGCUUCAGGACCUAUGCUGUAGCUUUUAUGGCAGAUGCAGAGAAGAUGUAUCGCCAGGUGAAAGUAGCAAAGGAUGACAUCGACUUCCAAAGGAUCGUAUGGCGAAACAGUCCCGAUGACCCCAUCGAGCACUAUCGAUUGCUAACCGUUACCUACGGCACCGCUUGUGCCUCCUACUUGGCCAUUGCAUCACUUCGACAAGCAGCAAGAGAUAACCAAGCAGAGCAUCCUGUCGCAGCGGAGCGCGUCAUAAAAAAUUCGUAUGUCGAUGAUUUUCUAUCUGGCGCCGACACACAGGAGGAAGCUGUUAAGUUGAAGGAAGACAUCAUCAAAAUUACCUCAUCGGCAGGAUUCAACCUAAGGAAAUGGGCAUCAAACGAUCCGCAGUUGGUAGUCACCAAUUCCGAUCGUAAUCAAGAAGAAGUUCCACUACAAUUGUCCGCUGAAGCAAACCCUGUUAAGGCGCUGGGUAUUCUGUGGCUUCCCCGAAUGGAUACAUUCGCUUUCAAAGUGAAUCUGGACACGAGUAAACCCAACACGAAACGCCAGCUUUUGUCUGAUGCAGCCCGCCUUUUCGACCCGCUGGGCUGGAUUGCUCCUGUAACUGUCCGCAUCAAAAUUCUCUUCCAAGCAUUAUGGCUGCAUGACGUGCAGUGGGACGAUCCACUUCCAGCGACUCUCAACGAAGAAUGGACGAAAAUCAAGGAAGAUUUGAACCGAAUCGAGGAUAUAAAAUUGCCGAGAUGGAUUUCCAACCACGGUGGAAAAAUCGAGCUGCACGGAUUUGCCGAUGCUUCCGAGGCAGCCUAUGCAGCAGUUGUGUAUUCAAGGACAACGGACAACGAAGGAAAGAUACACACGUCGUUGGUUGCUGCCAAGACAAAAGUAGCACCAAUUCAACAAGUAUCGUUACCCAGAUUGGAACUAAACGCAGCCGUUUUGCUCACUGCAGUCCUCCAACGCAUUAUGGAGUCCCUAGACCACCUGGAUGUCACGUGUUUUGCCUGGACGGAUUCAACGAUUGUGCUGGAAUGGUUGUCUUCCCACCCGCGGAAGUGGAAAACUUACGUAGCGAACCGGACAUCGAUGAUUCUGGACUUUUUGCCGCGCAGUUCCUGGAAUCAUGUACCAUCUAGUGAAAACCCAGCGGAUUGCGCUUCGAGAGGACUCCUCCCAGCUCUCAAACGGUUCUGCGGACGACGAGGACUCCCAUGUCAGUUAUGGUCAGACAAUGGGACCAACUUCAUCGGUGCUGAUCGGCAGCUCAAGGAGCUUCUCCAAUCAUCGAAAUUUGAAUCAACAGUUGAUCACUUCUUGAGUAACCUGGGAAUUAAAUGGACAUUCAUCACGCCGUCGGCUCCCCACAUGGGGGGAUAUGGGAGGCAGCUGUCAAAAGCAUGAAAAAGCAUUUGCGCAUUGCACUCGGAACUACAAGUUGCACCUACGAGGAUCUGACGACCGUACUAACGCAAGUGGAAGCUUGCCUCAACUCGCGUCCCUUGUGCGCUCUCUCGCCAUCGAUUGAUUCGUAUGAGGCCCUAACCCCGGGUCAUUUCAUCAUUGGCCAGCCAAUGAACAUGAUACCGGAACCCGACGUUUCGCGUCUGCCUGAGAAUCGCCUUGAUCGUUACGAGAGGCUUCGUCGUCAUGUCUGCGAGUUUUGGGAUCGUUGGAGAUGCGAAUACUUGGGAACUCUUCAACCAAGAAAAAAGUGGCAGUCUACAUCGGACAAUUUGAGGAUCGGAGAACUUGUGCUGGUGAAGACGGACAACGCCCCGCCGGCUUUUUGGGAGUUGGCAAGGGUCGCUGAUGUGCAUCCGGACCGCAAUGGAGUUGUUCGCAACGUAACGCUUCGUCGAGGUAGAACAGAGUAUCAACGUCCAAUACACAAGCUGGUGGUUCUUCCAACGGAUUGAGACCAGCGUCUCAAGGCGGGGACUAUGUUGAUUGGUAAACUUCAUACAUUAGAAAUCGCCCAACCCUAGAUAUAGAUUCAUUCCUAGCAAGAAAAUGUAUCGUAUAGAAUUCAUUCCAAGACAGUUGUUUUUUUUCUUUUUAUGAGCGAUUUCCGGUUUUUAUUAUUUUGUAAUGGUUCAUUCGGAAUAAAGAUGCGAAAGGGAAAAGUCACGCCAUUUUGGAUCUAUUUGUAAAAUUGUUCCGAAAAAGUAUUUUUUAUUCGUUUUACCCCGUCGGUUUGCGGUUCUCGGUCGGUUGACCGCUCCCGUGUUUUCUCGCGCGACACUGACUAUAAGCCAUUUUUGCAUUUAACAAAAAAACAAUCGAAGCUGGUUCACCAAGUCCCCCUCAGUUUCAAGUUGACGCAUUACCUGUAAUUUUAGAACAUUCAGGCUGUUCUGCACGGUGUGUGAGUUGUGACGGUCAGUUUCGUCUCACGUGAGACGACUAUUGCAAAUCAAAUAGACCGAGACGACUUCGACUCGUCUCACCUCACACGCCGUUCUUAGUCAUGAAACAUUGAAAUAGUUUAUUAGUCAUUUUUACAUUUUACCGGAAAUAAUCCAGGUUGGUUCAGCAUGUCCUCCCAUGUUACGAGGUGUCGCAAUACUUGUCUAGUUUUUAAAACAAAGAAUUACAUCUUUUACGCAAUAAAUGGUUAAUGAACGAUUUCUGCAUUUAACCGGAAAUAAUCAAAGCUGGUUCAGAAGUCCUCCAAGCUGCAAAGUGACGCAAUAGGUUCUUUUUGUGCGUAAUCUUCUUGCCGCUAGCAAACGAAAUGAUUGUCCGGAAAUGGUGCAAUGAAGUACGUAACGCAAAAAGUGGAAAUCUUCAACCCCCUUAUCCUUUUGUAUGGGGGUUUCCUAUACGCCAUUGCUUGCAUAAACCCCGUGACGCACUUUAUGAAUGGACCCUCAAAGAAAUGUGAUGUUUCCGAUGUUUCAAAGCAGCUAGCGCAGAUUUUGCAUUGUACAAGGAUUUUGUAUUUACUAUUUCCACCAAAAACUAACAUAACUAUU